CAGAGUCUCCCGUCUUUCUGUUCUGACCUUCUGCUGCCCCUGGACGCUCCAGUCACCAGUGUCCCUGGUCCCGUAGUGGCUUCUGUGGGUCGGUCCCCGUAAGAACAGCUGCCAGGAGGUGGUCACCAUGUUUUGUGCGAAGCUGAAAGACCUGCAGAUCACGGGGGACUGCCCCUUCUCGCUGCUGGCCCCGGGCCAGGUCCCCAAAGAGCCCGCGGGCGAGGCGGCAGGGGGCGGGCCUGCAGCUCCGGCCGGAGGGCAGGGCCUCUGUCCCGGCGACCCCGAGAAGAAGCUUGGAGGGCUUCCUCAGAGAAAGAGUAGCCGCAGCCGUGUCUACCUGCACACUUUGGCCGAGAGUAUCUGCAAACUGAUUUUCCCGGAGUUUGAGCGGCUGAACCUUGCCCUUCAGAGAACACUGGCAAAACACAAAAUAAAGGAAAGCAGGAAAUCUUUGGAAAGAGAAGACUUUGAAAAAAUAAUGGCAGACCAAGCGAUUGCAGCAGGAGUCCCAGUGGAGAUCAUCAGAGAAUCUCUCGGUGAGGAGCUUUUUAAAAUAUGCUAUGAAGAAGACGAAUACAUCCUAGGUGUGGUCGGAGGAACCCUGAAAGACUUUUUAAAUAGCUUCAGCACCCUUCUGAGACAAAGCAGCCACUGCCAGGAAGCAGAAAAGAAGGGCAGGUUUGAGGACGCGUCCAUCCUAUGCCUGGAUAAAGAUCCCGAUUUCUUAAAUGUUUACUAUUUCUUCCCCAAGAGGAUCACUUCCCUGAUUCUCCCCGGCAUCGUUAAGGCAGCUGCUCGCAUCUUGUACGAAACCGAAGUGGAGGUGUCCUCGACGCCCCCCUGCUUCCACCAGCACUGCAGCGAGUUCAUGGACCAGCCCUGCCUGCUCUACUCCGUCCACGUCAAGACCCCCCGACCGUCCCCACCCCCGGGGAAGCCCCUGUCCUCGCUGGUGAUCCCCACCUCGCUCUUCUGCAAGACCUUCCCCUUCCAUUUCAUGCUGGACAGAGACAUGGCCAUCCUGCAGUUGGGCAACGGCAUCAGAAGGCUGAUGAGCAGGAGAGACGUGCAAGGGAAGCCUCAUUUUGACGAGUACUUCGAGAUUCUCACUCCCAAAAUCAGCCAGACCUUCAGCGGAAUCAUGACCAUGCUGAACAUGCAGUUUGUGGUCUGCGUGAGGAGGUGGGACAACGCCGUGAAGAAAUCUUCCAGGGUGAUGGACCUCAAAGGCCAGAUGAUCUACAUGGUGGAGUCCAGCGCCAUCCUGUUCCUGGGCUCGCCCUGCGUGGACAGACUGGAGGACUUCACGGGCCGGGGGCUCUACCUCUCGGACAUCCCCAUCCACAACGCACUGCGGGACGUGGUCCUGAUCGGAGAGCAGGCCAGGGCGCAGGACGGCCUGAAGAAGAGGCUGGGCAAGCUCAAGGCCACCCUGGAGCAGGCCCACCAGGCCCUGGAGGAGGAGAAACGGAAGACGGUGGACCUCCUGUGCUCCAUCUUCCCCUGCGAGGUGGCGCAGCAGCUGUGGCAGGGCCGAGCCGUGCAGGCCAAGCGGUUCGGCGACGUCACCAUGCUCUUCUCGGACAUCGUGGGCUUCACGGCCAUCUGCUCUCAGUGCUCCCCGCUGCAGGUCAUCACCAUGCUCAACGCGCUCUACACCCGCUUCGACCGGCAGUGCGGGGAGCUGGACGUCUACAAGGUGGAGACCAUCGGCGAUGCAUACUGUGUGGCUGGGGGCUUGCACAAAGAGAGUGACACCCACGCUGUUCGGAUCGCACUGAUGGCCCUGAAGAUGAUGGAGCUCUCUGAUGAAGUGGUGUCUCCCCACGGAGAGCCCAUCAAGAUGCGCAUUGGACUGCAUUCUGGGUCGGUUUUUGCCGGAGUUGUCGGAGUUAAGAUGCCCCGUUACUGCCUUUUUGGAAAUAAUGUCACCUUGGCUAACAAGUUCGAGUCCUGCAGUGUCCCCCGGAAAAUCAACGUCAGCCCUACCACCUACAGAUUACUCAAAGACUGUCCUGGUUUUGUGUUUACACCUCGAUCAAGGGAGGAACUCCCACCAAACUUUCCUAGUGACAUUCCUGGAAUCUGUCAUUUUCUGGAAGCUUAUCAACAAGGAACAACUUCAAAGCCAUGGUUCCAGAAGAAAGAUGUUGAGGAAGCCAAUGCCAAUUUUUUAGGCAAAGCGUCGGGAAUAGAUUAGCCAAAUACACAGCCAAUUGUUAGUCUCUGGGUUUGAGUCCUUGGAGCGUGUGUGGGCCUUCUGAGAGCACACUGGGAUGGCAGCGAGCU